UCCCCUAGGGGAGGGGGGCAGCGGGUCCUGCUGUGCCCGUGGUGAGGGACGGCCAGUUCCAGAUGCCCAGAGGGUGGGUGGUGAUAGAUGACGGCUGGGCCCCAGUUGGACCGGACGGUGCUUCUGAGGGUCGGUGGUGGGAGCGGGGUGGGACGUUGCACUGGGGAGAGGGCGAGGUCACCGCGGGAGGGGAGAAGAGGGCCCAGGAGCACCGGAGGAGGAGGAUCAUGGGCCCAGAACUGGGGGAGCCCAGAGUCCCCGGAGGAGGGAGUGACCACAAGCCUGCAGGGGGCCAGAGGGGCCUUUGGAUUUGGUGACAAGGAGCCACGGUCCCUUUGGAGACGGCGGCCCCCCCCGACCCCCCGGGGCCGCGAGGGCAGGGAGCUUGGCCUCCCUCCCAGCCAGCUCUGCGCUCUCCCCUCCCCAGUGGGCCAGCCCGAGAACGUCCCCCUCCCUGGGCAGUGCCAGCCUGAGACCAGCGCCGCCGGGAGCGAGGAGGCCGAGCCCCUGCAGUCAUGGGAGCAGGAAUACCUGGUGGGCAACAGCCCGGGGGGCAGCGGCCGCGCCCUGUGCAUGGUGUGCGGCCAGGAGCUCCCCACGCCUUCGGCCCGAAGCGCCCGGCGGCACAUCCUCCGCCAGCACCCCCACACCCUGGGCCUGAGCCCCGGGGAGAAGAGCAACAUCCUGGAGGCCUGGAGCGAGGGCGUGGCCCUGCUGGACUCCCUGGAGUCGCCCUCACCCCCCAGCACAGACCCUCCCGAGACGCCGGCCGAGAUCGUGGUGCUUCUGGACUCCGAGGAGAAGCCUGAAUCCCAGCUGAUUCGGAACCGGCCUCGGGGACUCCGACCUCUGCAGCCUCCACCACCUGCCCCCCCCGUGGUCGACGUAGGGACCAAGAAGGUGCGGACCCAGAGAUGUAAGGAGGUGUCUGGGGAGGCCCCUCCCAAGAAAAAGAAGGGCAGGGGCCGGACCUCCGGCAAGGCGAAGACCGUGGCCAGGCCCUUGUUCCAAAGCCCAGAGCUCCUCCCCCUCCCGCACGUCACCUUGGAGCCCUUCUCGGCGCCCACCGAGGUCCGGCACUUCACGGACGGCAGCUUCCCCCCGGGCUUCGUCCUCCAGCUCUUCUCUCACAGCCAGCUGAAAGCUUCCAAGGCCAGGGCCGCCCCCCUGGCCCCCAAGGAGGGGGAGCCUGUGGCCCAGGGGAGCCCCAAGCCACCUCCGAGCCCCUCCCCAGCUCCCUCCGCGGGGCUCCGAGGGACGCUGGACCUGCAGGUGGUCCGAGUGCGCCUGGAGGAGCCCCCGGCGGUCAGCCUGCUUCAGGAGUGGUCCAAGGCACCCCAGGGGGCCCAGGCGGCGGCCGAUGAGUCCCCGGGCUGGCAGGCCGUGCUGGCUGAGUCCGGCGUGGCCGCCCGGGAACAGCCCGAGGCUGGGCAGGGGGUGUAAGGGCUGCUGCAGGGGGAGGGGCUUCCCGCCCCUCCCCCGCAGACCAGCCGUCCAUCAGAAGACUCUGAUGGAGCCAAGCACUUGAGCAGGGGGGAGACGCCGCUUCUGCUCCCCCCGGACGCUGCUACGGGUCUGGGGUCCGCGCCGCCGGGCCGCCGCUGUCCUUGCACUAGGGUUCAGUGUCGAUGGAGAGCGAGAACUCCUUUGACCCACUGUGUUUACCCUUCCUUUCCCCACUUCCCCGCUUCCCGCCGGCACAGUGCCUUACAUAGGAGGUGGGCACAAGGGGGGACCCACCGGAGCCCUCCACUACCUCGGGGGGAGCCUCCUCUCCCCCCACCUCCUCCUGGCCCUCCCGACAGGGAGUUCCAUCACUUCUUUCCCCUCCCCCCUGCAGCAGGGCAGGGGGAGCUCCGGGGUGGGAGGGAGCUCUGGAGACUCCAGGCUCUGCCCGCUUUCACUCUGCCCACCCAGCCUCUCCUCCCCCAGGUCUUUCCCUUUGUACAUACCCCUUUGUUGACAAUAAAUUAUUAUUUUUUAUGAA